AUGUUUUUCUCUCUCACCAUUCUUCCUCCUCAUCACUCAACUUCCUCAGCCAUCAACAAAGCAUCACAUUUCCUUUAUAUUUUCCUUCUUUUAUUGCCUUCUUUUUCUUUUUUCACAGUAGCAAAGAAGAGUUUUCUUCUUCUUUACCAUUGUGAUUUUUCCUUUUACUUACUUUUUUCAUUUCUUUUUUCCUUCACAUUUUUUCUUCCUUCUUUUCCAUUGACCUUUCUUUCUUUUGAAAUUUCUGCAUCCUCAAGACAACAGUUUUUACCCAAUUUCUCAUUCCCUUUUAUUCUUCCUCUCUCUCUCUCUCUCUCUCUCUCAAAGCUGAUAAUUCUUUUUGCUGCUUUUUUGAAUUCUCAUUUUUUUCUUCUCAUAUUUUAUUACUUCUUUUCUUCUUUCACUUUUCUUUCCUUUCUCAUUACAUAUCUUUUAGAUGAAUUUAAAUUAUUCUUUUUCUUUUCUUUUUUCUCCCUUGUAAUUCUCUUUCUCUCCUCAUACAUUUCCUUAACUUCUUUUUCUCUUUUUUUUGAACAGCAUCUCUAUACUUUUUAUGAUUUUUUCAUGUAG